ACAGAGAUUAACAGAUAUCAAGGUAGAGAUGUAAUUUUUAAUUUAUAAUUGCUGAAUUUAAUUUAUAAUUGUAAUUGGGUUGUAUUUAAUAAUGCUAUAUUUAAACAAAAUUGUCUUUGCCAUUAUGUAAAACCCAGCCAUCAAUUUAGUAUUCCGUCAUAAACUUAGUAUCUUGCUAGUCGUCAAAUUCCUUCAGACGAGGCUACUGCACUGUUCUUUGGUAUUAUUGCCAUUUAUCUCUCAGCAGUUUAUUCAGCCUACUAAAAAAAUCUCUUUAAUUGACUUCCAUUCAGAAAGAAAAGUUAAAAUCAGAGAUAAAACCAUAGAAAGUAAAAGAAAGGAUAAAACAACCUUACGUCCAACAUCUGGAAGAUCCUAGGGGAGGAGCUCUGUGCUGCCAUUCGUUUUGGCCAAUCAGAGUGCAAUACAGUCCGAACGGGCAGGCCAAUCAAAUCGCGGGAUUUGCGUCUAGUCUCGGCAUGUUCUCCCUGCUUCUAACCGGGUCCACGUGUACGCAGAGGUAUGUGCUGCUAACAGUGCUAUUGUGUGCAAAUAUGAAGUUUUACCAUAUUAAUAAGCGUUUGUUUUUGUCGAAGUGGUUUACAAUGUAGUGUUGUGUCAGUUAUGUAUUGUUAUUAAACGUAAACGCUACAAAUUACGUUGUUUCUUUGCUAAAAGAUUAGCUAGCCAUUGCUAAAUGACGAUCUACUCCUUUCAUAUUUUUUAUAUAGUCAAAUAUGCAGUUAAUAUUGAUCAUGCAUCUCAAUUGACUUACUUGGUAACUGCAUAUUUUAUUAAGAUUGCACUAUUCUUGAUAUAUUUGUCAUUUAGUUUUUUAGGAGAGAGAUUUCAUGUCAUGAUUCUCAACUUAAUAUGUAGGCUACAUCCUCCACAAAUGUUGAUUGAUACAGUAACUUCUUUUUUGACAGCUGUUAAACUACAUGCUCACAUAAUGUCUGCUUUACCCUGGAAAUACUUCACCAGUCACGGACACGGUGUGGACCAAAACAUCUUGUCAGCCUCAAAAAAAGAAACAACCACUUUUUCUAAUCAAGCUAAAAGAUGUAGACGAUGGAAAAAGAAGAAAAUAAAAGAUUCCACUACUGAAUUGUCAUUUGACCAGAAAGGAGGAAAGAAAAGAAAGUCAGAUGAGCUUCUGGAAAACAAGAUGGGGAGUGUUGACCAUGGAGAUGUUUUGGAAUCUGUAUCUGAACAGUCAAAUCAUGUGCAAUUCAAAAGGCCUAGAUUAACCCCUCAUACACUGAUGAGUGAAGCUGAAUCUGCACUACCUUUCACUGAUAGAUGGGAAGUGGACAGUGGCUUUUCAUCUGAAACCAGCCCUCCCACUAGUGGCAGGAGUUCACCAUGUGUGGGAAUAGACCACUCUAGGCUAGUAGCUCUGGACUGUGAAAUGGUCGGCACUGGACUUGGUGGUCGGUGUAGUGAAGUGGCACGCUGUAGUAUUGUAAAUUAUUAUGGUAGCGUUAUAUAUGAUAAAUAUAUUUUACCUCGGCAUCCAGUCACAGACUACCGCACAAGAUGGAGUGGCAUUAGGAAACAUCAUUUAGCUCAUGCAGUGCCUUUUGAGGAUGCUCAAAAUGAGAUUGCCAGCAUCCUCAAAGAGAAGAUUAUAGUUGGCCAUGCCUUAUUUAAUGACUUCCUGGUGCUUGACAUCUCCGUCCCGCCACGAAUGAUUAGGGAUACCUCUUCCUGUAGCUUGCUGCGAAAGUUGUAUAAUUCUGCUGAAAAAUGCAAAAUUUCUUUAAAGAAACUGGCUCAGACUCUUCUUAAUAGGACCAUACAGACUGGCAGGAUGGGUCACUGCUCUGUAGAGGAUUCCCGUGCUGCCAUGGACCUGUACAAGCUGGUAGGGGAUGAGUGGGAAAAAAGCAUCCUGUCCUGGGUUUCUAACACGGACCGUAAUUCAAACCCCAACAGCUCCCUAAAGCACUACAUGGAAGACCAGUACUGGCCAGAAAGUUCGAUGGUGGAAGACCAGAACCAAACGGAAAGUUCGAUGGUGGAAGACGAGUACUGGACGGAAAGUUUGAUGGUGGAAGAUGAGUACUAGACGGAAAGUUUAUGGACGGCAGUGUCCAAGACCUAGGAUAACGAUGCCAACCUCAAUCCCAGGAAUCGUCUUUGUUCUUUAAUGUUAUUUAAACCUCAAACUUGACAUGUUAACAUUCGGUAAGGAAAGGUGGAAGUGUAAUUUGUAGAACUGUAAUAUUGCACUUGCACUAAAAACGUAUUUAAUAACUUAAACUUUGACUGUAAAAGUUGAUAAUGUUCAUAAAGGGAUUUUAAAGUUAAUAACAGCAUUUUGAAUCUACACAGUCUGUAUUUUAGAGAUUAACUCCAUUUUGAGUUUGUCAUUUGUAUGAUCAAUGUUAUCAACCUGUUAUGAUAUCAAUGAUAUCUGUGAUUAUGCUUUCUGUGAAGUUGCAGAUAGCAUUAUUGUUAUAUUGACAAUGCUCUUCAUCCUGAAAACACUUUUAUGUCAAAAGUUUAAAUACAAAAAUGUCUAAAUAAAGAUUAUGGAUACGAAAU